AUGAGCCAACAAGAAAUGAACGAAGACGAUCCAACAGAAAUGACUCGAUGUGUACUUCAUACGUGGGGUUGUAAACAUUCGAUUCCAAGGAAUUCACUAAUUGAGCAUUAUACACGCGAAGUACAUAUAAAAAGUAUUAUUAAUUUUUUCUACUCGCUAAAACUGAAUCAUGAAACAGCUCUGAUAGAUCUUGCAAUAAAUCCACUUCAAAUUAAUGAGCUUGUACCUUCAGAAAAUGCAUUAUUAAAUAAUUAUCCUCGAUGUAUGAAACGAUUAACAGAUCACAUUGUUGAAAAUUUUGAAUUAACAGAAUCGGAUAAUGCUACUACAGUAAAUGGUUCACUAACUAUAAAUUCAAAUAUGAUUAAUAUAUUUUUAAAAAAAGUAAUUCUAGAUACGGACAGAAAUUCAGAUUGUAACUUCAAGCGUCAAUCACUUUUAACUCAGUCUGAAUUAAAUGAAAAGAAGACAAAUGAUGAUCUAAGUUUAACCGAUUCAUCAGAGGAAAAUGAAGAUGUAUCAAAUUACACAGAAAGUCAACAAGAAGAAAAUUCAUUAUCUGCUGAUGGAAAUACGAAUGUUCAACAUUCUUGGAAUCCAUAUACUCUCCUUCAAACUCAAUUAAAUGAGAUGCCUAUUUCAACAGAUGGUAAUCUUGUAUGGCGUAUUGAUGGAAUUUCAAAAAAAAUAGAUGAUGCAAUUUGUGGAAAGCAACCGUAUAUUGAUUCUCCAUACUUUCAAACAUGUGCGGAUCGUGGUCAUCGACUACGAUGUCGGGUUUAUUUAAAUGGAGAAACGAAUCUAAAGUCUAUAUCAUUAAAGAUCCAUCUGAAUUUUCCAAUUUUUAAUCCUUUUUGCGGUAUUAUUAAAUUUAUUUUAGUUGAUCGAAGUAAAAAUCGUCGAUUACAACAUAUUAUUAAAAGCUGCACUGUUAAUGAAGAUACUGUUAAUACAGGUGUUGGCUUUGACAAUUUUAUUGAUAAAAAUGUACUUCACGGAGCAUCAAGUCAAUAUAUACAUGACGAUUCAGUUUGCUUCUUGAUACGUAUAGAGCAAACAAAUGAACAAAAAUUUGCUAAUCUUAAUGAAAAUAUUAAAGAUGCAUUACUUCAAAGUUUUGGAGCCACUUAG